GUCCGGUCUCGUACACUGUGGCGCUGGGCUAUAAAUACUAGUCCCAUGCCCGGUUUGGGCCAUGAUAUAUUCAAAGGAACAAGCUUUCCCUCAAUUCAAUUGUAACGGUAAAGAUUUGAUCUCAGAUCCACACGAGAAACCCAGAUACUUCCAGUCACUCGUAGAAAUGCCUCACCUAAACGAGACACAACUUGGAGUAGCCAGCCUAGGGCUGGAGACGGAUCGGAUGAUACUCAUCUUGCUCAACCCCGAGACCUGUGGCGAGGAUUGGGAGACAGUCGCCGAGGCGCUAACCCGUGCAGCGUGGAAAAUGAAGCGUGAGGAGCCAUUGGCGCCCCCUGAGCCGUACGGUGCGAAGGUCUUCUGGGGAAAUCGUAAGGUUGGAUUCUUCUACGAAGUCCCGGUGGAUGAUCAUGCCGAAGAAGAUGUCCCCGGAGGCUCAGGCGCUUUUGCCCUAACCCCCUUCGUCCUCCCCAACAGCCACGUCUACUAUGACACGCGCGACCCCGAUGACUUCAUUCAUGAAAGACUUUUCCUUGGUAGAUUGAUGGCGGACGAGGCCGACGAUCAUACCGUGGAUGCACAGGAGAGCUUGUGGUCCCAAUUGCUGAUGCUCGAGGAGUGGCUCCAGGAGGACUGCGAGAGCUUCCCUGGCUCUGUUCUGGUGUUCGAGACCUAGCUAGACUCAGGGCCUCCUUGGGCCAAUUCAACGCUCAACAUAGAGACUUUUCAACAUUUCCCUUUUUAAUCUUAUUCUCGAUCCUAUCUCAAAUAUUCUAAUUUCUGUUGUAAUCUUCCCCGCAGCGAAAUAGUCCGUCCGGCCUUGACAGAUGUUACUCAUGUCGCUAUCCUGGCA